GCUGCGGGCGUGUGGGCGGGGCCUCGACGGGGCGGGGCUCGCGCUGGCCCCGCCCCCUCCCGCGCCGCCGCUAACGGCCCCGCAUCCGCCCGCAUGGAGCCGCCCGACGGGGCGGGCAGCCCGGGGCCGUCGCGGCCCCGGCCGGGCUCCCCCCGCGCCGCGCCGCCCCGCACGGGCGUGCAGACCGCCGAGGCGAUGGUGCGGGACAAGCCCCUGGGCAGGACGGAGGUCGCCUACCUCAACGUCGCCGCUGGCCGCCACUACCGGCCGUACAGCCUGGCCGCGGUGCCCAAGGCGAGGGCGGCCCCGCAGCACUACGUCUUCUCGCCCUUCGGCGUGCUGCACGUGCAGCCGGGGCAGGGGGCCGAGGCGCUGGCGCUGGGCGCGUGGCACCGGGAGGCCGUGCUCUGGGGCUUGCUGCGCGGCAUCCCCGUCUUCCGCCGCUGCCUGCUGCGCGCCGCCUUUGCCCGCUGGCAGCGCGGCACCCGGUGCCUGCGGAUGCAGCAGCGCCAGGCGGUCCUGGGCGCCCGCCUGCUCCAGGCCGUGCCCCACUUCGGCGCUGCCCUGCUCCAUAUCUCCAGGCUGCUGCAGGAGCUGCGGUCCGUGCAUUGGCUGCCCCAGGACAAUACCCGCAGCUUCAGCUUCCCGGAGCUGCAGCGGGCCCUGGUCCAGGAGAAGAGCCACGCACGUGGCCUGCUGGCCCGCUUCCUUACCCUCUACACCACCAUCCUGGAGCUGGUGAGCCCAGCCUGGCCGGCCGCUCACCCGAGCAGCCCGGUUUGGCGUGGCAUGGCGCGGCACGCCCCUUCCAUGGGUGCAGCACCCCCUGCAGCACCGCCCCUUGUCCAGUGGGGCAGGCAAGCGGGGGGCAUUGGGGGAGCGAGUGCCCGCCCCUCAAACAUGGGGCCACCUUGGCAGGUGCGCAAUGACACGUACAGGAUGGCGCGGGGGCUGCAGAGGGGGACGCAGGUGUGCGGGCGCCCCCAGGCUGGGGGGUCCGCGCACCAGCAGCGCCUGCAAAGCGAGGGGAUGCAGCGGUGGCACCGGGAGGCCGAGCGCUGGCUGGGGCAACUGGGCAGCCUGGCCCGGCUUGUCAACCUGCUCGUGGCCCAGAGCCUGGUCUCCGUGGUGCAAGACCAGGUCGCCGCUUUCGUCAGCCACGUCAUGCAGGUGCGGGGCGGGGGUGCCGGCCUGGGUCCCCGUGGCUGGGCUUCUGGGGCCGUCCCUGCCCUGACCGCCCCCCUGCCCUCGCAGGCCGACGGCGCCAGGCGCGAAGCCGUGCUGCGGGUGCAGCUGGUCUUCGAUGCCGACAACCAGCUGGCGCCCUUCCCCUCGCGCCAGGCGCUGGAGGACAGCCUACUGGGUGCGCUGGAUGCUGUGCUGGAGUCGGUGCUGGAGGUGUGCCAGACCAGAAAGGAGCAGCCGGGGUCACUGCCCGAGUCGAGUGCCUCGGAGGCCGGGAUGGCACCAGGCCUGGACCCGCUGACCGGUGCAUGUCCUCACCCUGCUGCAGCCCCAGGGCUGAGCGGGGUCCUCCCCUGCCCCGGUCCUGUCCCUGCCCCCAGCUGCAGCAGAGGGGCCACCCCGGUCCCUGCUACGGGGGGCUCACACUGCCCCCCAUGCACAGCCCUCUGGGAGGCGGGGAAGGGCAGCAUGGGGACCCCCGUGCAGCUGCUGCCCAGUCUGUGGGAUGAGGUGCUGGGCACACAAGAGCAAGCCCUGAGGCAGCCCCUCGCGGGCCUGGAGGUGACGGGGCGCCGGGUGCACGGACACUACCCGGAGCCGGCGUGGGAACAGCUGGAGCAGGACCUGCGCACCAAUAGCCGCAUCCAGGGGGCCCGCGCCACCCAGCAGGCCCAGCUGGCGGCGGCGCUGGACGAGACGCGGGAGCUGUGCCGGGAGCACGCCUGGGUGGCCGAGGUGCACACCUUCGUGCAGGGCUGGAGCCCCACAGCACUGGAGGUUAUGCGGGGCCAGCCGCCCAGCACCUACGCCGAGCACGUGGCCCAGCUCCGCGCCUGGGCCCGGCGCCUGCAGGACCUGCCGCCCGCCGUCGUCACCCGCAACCGCCUCUUCCUGGUGGACUGCAGCAGCCUGCAACAGGAGACCGCACCCCUGCUGGCCUCCAUCACCAACGAGCUCCAGGCGCUGGCGCUGCACGAGGCAUCGCUGCGCAGCAAGGUCCUCAUCACCGAGCUGAGCACCGUGCUGAAGCUCUACCGCAGCGUUGGCUCCGACAUCCUCACCGUCGCCAAGUGCUCCCACAAGGUGCGGCCCCAGCCGGGGCAUCGGGAUGCCCCAAGGGGCAGGGGUGGGGGCAGCUCAGACACCCAUCUGGCCAAUAGAGAGGCAUCAGCCCCCGUCGCUGACGAGCAGAUGCCCCCGCAGCUGCAGCAGUACCAGGGCCAGAUGGGCGAGCUGCAGGAGCGCGUGGAGUACGUGCGCAGCCUCAACGACGUGAUCCGGCACUGCUUCCGCCCGCUCGCCCCGGACGAGGAGAACCAGGAGAACGCGCUCCUGGACACGUGGGAGGCCUUCGUCUUCCAGCAGCAGGAGGCCUCGGACUUCAUCACCUUGCGGCGCCUCAGCAUCGUGGACGAGCUGGAGGAGUCGCUGCAGCGGGCGCGGCAGGAGCUGCACGACCUGCUGGCCGCGGCCACCACGGGCCGGUUCCAGGACCCCGCGUCGAACGCCCAUGCCGCCGAGCAGGACCUGCGCGCCCUGCUCCUGCGCUUCCAGGCCACGGCCGCCCGCCUGGAUGAGCUCUGCCACUCCCAGAAGACCCUCACAGGGGACUGCAUGGACCAGGCUUUCGUGGCCACGGGCCAGGACCUGAUCGAGGCCCACGAGCGCCUCUGGAGACUGUUCCGCACCGUCACCGAGCAGCUCGUCGAGUGGCGCUGCCUCGCCUUCGCCAAGUUCAGCGCGGGCCUGGCACUGGAGCGCGCGGCGGAGUGGCAGAGGGAGGCGUCCCGCCUGGAGGAGCGCCUGCCAGACGCGCACCCCGUGCUGCAGGCGUGCACGCGGGCCAUUGGCGCCUUCCAGCAGGUGCUGCCCCUGCUGCAGGCGCUGGGCAGCCCCCUCCUGACGGCUGCCUGCUGGAGGGAGAUCUUCGCGGCGAUGGGCGUGAAGUGCCCGGCCAUCGCGCAGCUCACGCUGGGACAGCUGCUCUCCUACCCACUGCUGGAGCACCGUGACACCAUCUUCAAGGUGUGGUCGAAUGAGCAGGGGCGCUGGCACACGACGGACACGCUGCGCCGGCUGCAGAAGACCUGGGCCGAGAAGCAGCUGCGCGUGGUCAACUUCAUCCUGCACGUGCCCUACCAGGCGCCCGAGCAUGCCCACCGCCCCCGGGAGCCCGCCCGCGUGGAGCACGUCCCCAAGGAUAGUGGCACCUUCGUGCUGUCUGACACGACGGAGCUCAGAGCCCUGGCAGAGAAGAGCCUGCUCAGGCUGCAGAGCAUCGUCCUCUCGCCUCACGCCACUGACGUCCGUGACGAGGCCGAGACCUUGGCCACCACCCUGCAGACCUUCGCGGCAGUGCUGGACGCCUGGGUCAGCUUCCAGCAGAAGUGGGUCUUCCUCAACAUCGUGCUGUACGAGAUGGACAUCAGCUUGCCCAGCAGCGAGACGGAGGGCCUGUUCAAGCGCCAGGACGCCUGGUUCCGGGAGCUGAUGCAGGCCACGUGCGAGGACCCGCUGGCACUGUCGUGCGUGGUGCCCCCGCUGGGCAGCCGGCGCCUGAGCCAGCUGGCGGGGCCGGCGUUGCAGGUGGCGCUGAGCGCGGGCGCCCGGGACCUGCAGGCCGUGGUGCAGGCGCUGGACUACGUGCUGGAGGCCACGCGCAUGGGCUGCCCGCGCCUCUUCUUCCUGAGCAGCGCUGAGGUGGUGGCCAUGCUGGCCUCGCCUGCCGAGCCGCCCGCCGCCACCGCCUGGGCUCGGCGCUGCUUCCCCGGCCUGCACGGCCUGCUCUUCCGCCCGCCCGCCCGCGCCGCGCCCCCGCCUGCACCCGCGCCCCCGCCCGAGGCCGCCGGCUUGGUGGGCGCCUGUGGAGAGACGGUGCUGCUGCGGCCCCCGCUGCCCCUGCAGGGCCAGAAGCCGGCGCAGUGGCUGCAGGCGCUGGAGCGCGGCAUGAAGGCGGCGCUGUUCCAGCUGCUGCAGGGGUGCGUGGUUCAGCGCCUGGCGCUGCGCGCACAGCUGGACGUGCCCUUCGAGCAGCUCCCGGGCCCCACGCAGCUUCCGCUGCACCUGCUGGCCGAGCACUGGGGGCGGCUGGCGGGCUCCUUCCCCGCGCAGUGCGUGCUGCUGGCCGAGGAGGCCGCGUGGCGCGCCGACGUGGAGGACCGCCUGCUGGGCCCCGGCCCCCGCGCCCGCCCCAGCCUCGAGCUGAAGCUGCGGCUGAAGCUGGAGGCGCUGGCGCACUACGCCCGCUCUGCCCGCGCCAGCCAGGCCCGGCGGUCCGGGGGCGCCCAGCUCUGCGCUGUGCUGGGGGCACUGCUCACGGCCGCCACGCACCACCGCGACGUGCUGGCACGGCUGCUGGAGCGCCGGGCCGCUUCGCCUGCCGCGUUCGAGUGGGCACAGCUGCUCAAGUACCGUGUGGCCCUACCGCCGGCGCAGGCCCCGGGGCCAGCCUGGGCAGGCGAAGCACCAGGCUGCUGGGCCGAGGUCCUGGACCAGCGCCUGCACUACGACUACGAGUACGUGGGGCCCGCAGCCCGACCCGUGGGGGGCCCGCAGCUGGAGCGCAGCUUCCUGGGGCUGCUGCUGGCCCUGGAUGAGUUUCGCUGCGCGGCCGUGCUGGGCCGCAGGGCCACGGGGCGCACCGAGACCGUGCGGGGCCUGGCCCGGGCCCUGGGCCGCCAGCUCGUCACGCUGCCCUGCUCCCGCCAGCUGGGGCUGGACUGCCUGCGUCGCUUCGUGAGCGGGGCCGUGCAGGCGGGCGCCUGGCUGCUGCUGGAGGAGCUGGACCAGCUGGCGCCUGGCGUGCUGGCGGGCUUCGGCCAGCUGACCGCCGACCUGCAGGCCCUGUGCCUGGCGCUGCGCGAGGGGCCGUGCUCGGUUGAGGAGGAUGAGGACCUGGAGGAAGAGGCGGAGGAGGAGAAGGGCACCAGUCCCGGGGACGCGCCGGAGGCGCCGGCCCUGCCCGAGCUGGGUGUAGACGAAGCGCAACCCUUCCAGCCUUGCAUCCUGGGCCACAUCCUCUUCGGUGACCGCCUGCUGCGGGUGCGCGAGACCUUCGGAUGCCUGGCCACGCUGCGGCAAGUGCCCACAACCAUGCGCCUGGCGCUGCGCCCCGUGGCCCUGCUGCCCCCUGACACGCAGGCCGUGGCCGAGCUGGCCCUGCUGGCCGCUGGCUUCCGCGAAGCCUCGCGCUUGGCCCACAAGCUUGCCACCUUCUUCCGGCUGGAGGGGGAGCUGGGCCCGGGCCCUGGCCCCGGCCGCCUGGCCCUGCUCAAGGGCGUGGUGGAGACGGCCACCGGCAUCCUGCACCCGCCCGUGCCGCCCAGCACCAGCUGCGCUCAGCUGUCCGCCCUGGCCGGGCUGUCCGAGGAGCCGGCGCUGGUGCGGGCGCUGUGCCUCUCGCCGCUGCUGGCCGGCCCGGAGGGCCCCCGGCUGGCACAGCUGCGGGAGCUGCUGCGCAGCGUGUUCCCAAUCGCCGGCUCCACGCUGCCCGAGUGCCAGGCGCCGAGCCCGGUGAUGCGCGCGGUGCUGGCUGAGCUGCAGGUGGACGGGCUGCACGCCGACCUGGACCUGGCCGGCGCCGUGGCCCAGCUCCACCAGGCCCUGCAGGGCUCAGCGAGCGUGCUGCUGGUGGGACCCGUGGGCAGCGGCAAGACCACGGCCUGGCGUACCCUGGCCAAGGCGCUGAGCCGGCUGGCCACCAGCGAAGCCCUGGAGGCGCCGUCGGGGGACAGCCGGCCGCGCGGCAGGGAGGACGUGGCCCUGCUGCCUGUCAGUGCCACGUGCCUCUGCCCCAAUGCCCUCAGCGCCCCCGAGUUCCUGGGCAGCAUGGACGGCAGCGUCUGGACCGACGGCAUCUUCUCCCGCCUGAUGCAGAGAGCGGUGGCCUCGGGGCCGGCCCCCAGCUCCCAGCAGUGGUUGGUGCUGGACGGGGCCGCCAGCCCCGAGUGGCUGGAGCCCAUUGCAACGCUGCUGGGGCCGGAGCCCGCCCUCGUGCUGCCAAGCGGCCGGCGGAUCCAGGCCCCCGAGGGCGUGAAGCUGCUGCUGGAGCUGCCCGACGCUUCCAGCCUGUCGCCGGCCAUGUCCACACGCUGCACCCUGCUGCACGUGGGGGGCGUGGGGCUGUGGCAGGCCCUGCUGGCCGCGGCCCUGGCCUCCUGCUCCCCGGCGCGCGGCCUGGACCCGGAGGACCUGGCUUUGCUGCGCGGCCUGGCCGAGGGGCUCUUCCCGCCCACGCUCGCCUUCCUGCAGCAGCACUGCAGCUCUGUGCUGCAGAGCCAUGCCCAGCCCUGCCGCCCCACCGCCUGGGGCGUCCCCGAGACUGCCGCUUUCGCCCGCAUCCUGCAAGCCCAGCUGGACCGGCACCUGCCGCCUGAGCAGUCCACGGGCCAGGCACCCAGCAUGGACGAGGUGACAGGCCGCAAGGACAGCUCCCCCACACUGGCACCAUCCUCCUCCUCCUCCUUGAGCCAGCACCUGGACCAGCUUGUAGCCACCCAACGCCACCAGCUGCUCCUCAGCAUCUUCGUGUUUGCCUACAUCUGGGGCUUCGGCGGCCACCUGCACCCCAGGUACUGGGACGUCUUCGACCGCUUCGCCCGCCGGGCUCUGCUCAGCAGCCGCUGCAGCGUGGAGCUGCCCCCAGCAGCCUCCGUCUUUGACCUGUACCCGCAGCCGGAGAGCGGGAGGCUGGAGGCCUUCAACGGGACGUACCUGUCCCACAGGCCCAAGGGGGUCCCCGCCACCUUCAUCCCCCUGCCCCAGCACGAGCGCCUGCUGUACCUGGUGGACCUGCUGCUGGGCGCCCGCCAGCCCGUGCUGCUGGCCGGGGAGCCUGGCGCCGGCAAGUCAGCCUUGGCGGAGCUGCUGGCCCAGCCGCACCAGCCCUGGCAGCGCAUGGCCCUCUCGCCUCCCUUCGGUGCCACCCACCUGCGCCAGCUGCUCCAGACCAGGGUCCUGAGCAGCUCCAGGGCGCCGGGGCCGCGGGCGCCCUCCCUGCACGGCACCAGGGGCCACCUGCUUGUGCUCGAGGACCUGCAUGCCGCCGAACCCGGCCCGCGGGGGGGCAGCUGCGCCGUGCUGGAGACCCUUCGCCAGGCCCUGUCGCACCGGGAGGUCUGCAGCACGGAGACCCUGGAGCUCCAGCGUCUGCUGCCCGGCCGCUGCCUGGCCACCCUGUCCGCCCCCGCACCGGGCGCACCCCCCCUCUGCCCACGCCUGGCCUGGCUCUUCAGCACGCUGGCGCUGCCCACCCUCACCCGGGACGCGCUCACCACCAUGCACACGCCCGCUCUCCUGGCCUGGCUGGAGAGGCUCCCACACGUGCCACAGGCCGGCGAGCUGGCCCCUGCCCUGGUGGGCGCCACUGCGGACGCCUACGAGGCCGUGCGGGCGCGCUUCCGGCCGGUGCCUGCCCGCUGCCCAUGCUUCUUCUCCGCCCAUCACAUCGACAAGGUGCUCCGGGGCCUGCUGCUCCUGCGGCCCAGCCCCAGCCUGCCCCUGCUCGCCGGCCCCACGGACGAGGGGCGGGCGGCACGGCGAGGCUCCCCAGGGCUGUCUGCCAGCCCCACGAUGGGCGCGCAUACGGUGCCGCGCCUCUGGCUGCACGAGGCCCUGCGCACCUUCUGCGACCCGCUGGCCUCGGCGCCCGAGCAGCGGGAGUGCACGCAGCUGCUGCUGGACACGGCCCUCGGUGCCUUCUGCGCCCACCGCAGCAUCCCACACGCCGUCUCCACCGCCGAGCAGGACCCUGGCGCCCGCCCCACAGGCCCCACGGACGAGGAGGAUGGGGAGGACGAUGCCCCCAGCGACAGCGACACGGAGCCCAAUGACACCCCCAGCAGCAGCGACUCCGAGGGCCCUGACGCCUUCGAUCCCGUGGAGCUGGCCCCGCCGCUGGUGCUGGACCCACCGGGUGCCGGCUCCGAUGACCUGCCCGCCGUCGUAGAGCCAGAGACCAAGGAGCCGGUGGCGAUGCCGCGGCUGCAGGUGCCCUCACGGCUGCAGGUGGCCUCAUGGCAGUCCUGCCCCCGGCUCCUCCUGCGCUGCCGCAGCACGGAGCCAUUCGUGGGCCAGGAGCUCCGCAGCAGCAUGCGCCGGCACAGUCGGCGCCGGUCCUCGGCCUUCAGGGACGGCCUCAGGCCCCUGCUGCCCGCGCACCAGCUGCUGCUGCCCAACGAGGACCCAUGCGACCUAGUCUUCAGCUGGGAGCCGGUGCCAGGCGUCCUCGGCGCCGAGCCCCCGGGCUCCUACCUGGAGCGCCGCUGGGAGGCCUUGCAACCGCAGCUCCGUGCCCUGCUGCCACCGGGCUUCGCGCUGUGCCGCGAGGUGGCUCAGCACCUGCUGCGCCUGCUGCGUGUGUUGGGCGGCCCCGAGCAGCACGGGGCCCUGGUGGCGCUGCGCCCCGGCGCCGGGCGGCGGGCGCUGGCACGGGUGGCCGCGCAGGCCGUGGGCGCGCGGGUCUGGGAGCUGGGGCCAGGGGCAGCAGAGGAGGAGGUGCGGGCACAGCUGCGGGAGGCCUGCUGGCAGGCAGGCGCGCUGGGGCGGCGCGCCGUGCUGCUGGCGCUCCCGGGCGCGGCGCUGGGCACCCUGCGGCAGGCGCUGGCUGUUGCACGCGAGGGCACCUGCCCCGGGCUGCACGGCCCUGAGGACACGGUGUCCAUCGCUGCAGCGCUGCUGCGGGACAGCCAGAACCAGACACGUGGCCUGCGGACGGAAGCCACCAUCCAGAGGUUCUGCCAGCUGGUGCGAAGCCGCUUGCACGUGCUGGUGCUGCUGGAUGGGCGCAGGGGCCUGGCGCGGCGCCGGGGGCCCUUCGGGCUGCCCGUGGCCGCGGCCGCGGCGCUGCUGGCGCAGAGCUGCAGCAUAGAUGUGUACCAGCCCUGGAGCCGCCAGUCCCUGGCCCAAGUGGCCACCGAGCACCUGCAGGAAGCCCUGGCCCACCAGCCCCCAUGCACCCCAGUCCCGGCGUCUCUGAGGACCCUGGAGACGUCGGUGUCCAGCGUGGCCGCAGGCGCGGCCCUGAUCCACGUGUCGGCACGGUGCCACGCCGCAUACCUGGCCCCACGCCUGCCCCUGGUCACGCCCACCACUUUCCUCGACCUGCUCGACGCCUUCGUCACCCUGUCGACCCAGAUGCAGGCGCAGACCCAGGCCCAGGCCUACCGGCUGCGGGCCGUCCUGGACAAGCUGCAGGAGGUGAGCGAGAGGCAGCAGGCGCGGGGCCAGGAUGUCCGCGUGCUGGAGGAAAAGCUGCGCAAGGCCAAGGAGAAAGUGGUGCGGUGCCGGCGCAGGGCAGAGCAGGAGGAGGCGGUGCGGCGGCAGCACGAGCAGGACUGCCAGCAGCGCCAGGCGCGGCUCGAGGACCUGGCCGCCGAGCACAGCCGGUUGGAGCAAGCCCAGGAGGAGGCCUUGGAAAAGAUGGGCAUAGACUACGAGGCGGCACUGGCACGGCUGCACGUGGGCGAUGUGGAGGAGCUGCGCAGCUACCGGCGGCCCCCGGUGCCCGUGGUGCGGGUGACCGACCUCCUGUGCCGCAUGUUCCAGCAGGCGCCCGGCUGGGACAGCGCCCGCCAGCUGCUGGGCCGCCCGGACUUCUACCAGGAGCUGCUGUUCUACCCCAAGGACGAGCUGUCGGAGGAGGUGCAGGAGGCGCUGGGCCACGCCGCGGCCGACCCCACCUUCCUGGACCCUGUGCUGCGCGGCGCCAGCCGUGCGGCCGCGGCCCUGGGCCAGUGGAUGUGCGCGGUGCAGCGGUACGGCCAGGCCCGGCGCACCUGGCAGCCCGUGCUGCAGCAGCUGGCCCGCUGCGAGCAGCAGAUACGCGACGAAGAGGGGCAGCUGAGCAACCGGCUCCUGCAGGCUGAGCGGCUGCAGGAGCGCAGUGCCGCCUGGGCUCUGAAGCUGGAGCAGGUGCUGGAGCAGCAGGAGGCACUGGCCCGGCAGCUGCACUGCGCCCAGCAGGACCAGGCCGAGGGCGACUCCGUCGGCUGCACUAUGGCUGCACACAUGGCGCGCUGGCUGGAGGCCGCCCAGGCUCUGGAGCGGAUGUGCAGCACGGUGCAGGGGGACGCGCUGCUGUGCGCAGCCGCCGUCUGCUACCUGGGCGCCUUCCCCCCGCCGCGGCGCCAGGAGCUGCUGGAGAAGUGGCAGGACCUCCUGGCCGGGCGCCGAGUGCCGUUGGGCCCGGACGACAUGCGGCGGGCGCUGGAGCAGGAGCUGCCCUGCCCCGGCCCCGCACCCACCACCCCCGGCCCCCCGCUGCUGCCCGUGCACCCCGACUUCAGCCUGCUGGCCCUGCUGAGCUGCGAGCGCGAGCAGCGUGCCUGGGACCGUGACCGCAAGCCGCAGGAUCCAGCCUCGCGCCAGGCCGCCGCGCUGCUCCACGCCGCUGCCCGCAUCUGCCCCCGCCGCUGGCCGCUGCUGCUCGACCCCGACCAGCAGGCCCUCACCUGGCUCAGCACCGUUCCCCGGGCCAAGGACGAUGAGGCCUGCGCCAACCCGGACAUGCGGCUGGAGACCGCAGAGCCCAGCAGUGCCGCCGAGCCCCCGGAGCAGACGCUGCAGGUGCUGUCGGCGAUGGACCCCGGUCUGGAGGAGAGUCUCCGGGCAGCCGCCGGCAGCGGUCUGCCCGUCCUGCUGCUGCACGCGGAGAAGAGCCCGGGCAGCCCCAUCCUCCAGCGCCUGCUGCAGAAGGAGGCGGGCCCGGAGCUGGCACCGGGUGAGGCCGUGCAGAUGCUGCCCUCCUUCCGCCUCUACCUCAGCACCAGCCUGCCCCUGCACACCCUGGGCCAAGAGAUGGAGCGGGCCCUACUGCCCAGCCUGAACGUGGUGGACCUGAGCCUGGGUGAGGGGGCGCUGGAGGAGCUGCUGCUGGAGGAGCUGCUGCUGGUCGAAUGCCAUGAGGCCCAGAGCCACUGGCGCCGGCUGGAGCUGAGUGUCCUGCAGGUGGAGGAUGAGCUGGCGUGUGCUGAAGAGGAGCUGAUACAGCUGAUCUCAGCGCCAGAGCAGGCUCUGCUGGAGACGGAGGCAUUCCUCCCCAUGGUGCAGCUGCUGGACACGCAGGUGGAGAUGCUGCGCUCCAGCCACGAACACCUGUGCUCCCUGCGCCGGGGCCACCGUGCGAUACGCGAGCAGUACCGGCCGGCUGCACGCCUGGGUGCCGCGCUGCACCAAGCCCUGCGCCAGGUCUGCCGCCUGCAUCCGCUCUACCGCUGCAGUGCCACCGCCGGCCUGGCCGCUGCCCGCCGUGGCCUGCUGGUCACCAGAUGGGGAGGCACCAGGCGGCAGGAGGCACUGGAGGCCCGGGUGAUGGAGCUGCGCAGGGCCCUGGCACGGGCGCUGCUGACCUACGCCCAGCCUGGCCUAUGGGAGCGCCACGAGCUGCUGCUGGCCCUGCUCGGUGCUGUGGCCCUGCAGCGCCUUGAUGGCCAUGUCUCCUCACUGGCCUGGCUGGCCUUCUGCCAGGGCCUGCGGGCACCCACCGCCACCCGCCUGCUGCCCCUGCCGCCUGGUGCCCCACCAUGCCCAGCCUGGGUGGAUGCCAAGGCCUGGGAGGAGUGUGGGCGAUUGGAGGCACUGCCUGGCUUCCAGGGGCUGCAGGCGGCACUGGCAGGCAAGGCGGCAGCAUGGCAGGAGUACCUGCGCCUGCCCUGCACCAUGGUGGGCCCUGCACCAGCCCCCAGCCACGCUGGCCUUGGAUCCUUCCAGCGCGCCCUGCUGUGGCGUGUGCUGCGUCCGGGCCAACUCUGCAGCGUGGCCGCUGACCUGGCUGCCUGCCUGAUGGGGCGUCCCAGGGCCGAGGCGGCUGCCCACAGUGCUGCCACCUUGUAUGACCACAGCCAGAGCCACGUGCCCAUCCUCUUCCUUACACCGCUGCCUGGCACUGCAGCCGCCACUGCCCACCCGCUGCACUGGAUCCAGCAGAUGGCCCGGCAGCAGCACCGCGAGGUCGGCGCGGCAGGCGAGGGACAGCCUGGGGGAGCUCAGUGGGUGCAGCUCUGGGUGACACCUCUCCGCUUGCCGCAGGGGAAGGUCAUGGUCGUCACACUGGGGGCACCCGACUGCCUGCAGCGGGUGGGCGAGGCCCUGGGCACCUGUGCAAGGAGGGGGCAUUGGCUGGUGCUGGACAACUGCCACCUGCAGACACACUGGCCACCCGCCAUGCUGGCACCACUGCAGCAGCUGCUGGGCAUCUCCCAGGGUCCUGCGAAGCUGGCAGCAGUCGCUGCAAAAGGGAAGAAGCUCCACCCCAAGUUCCGCCUCUGGCUCAUCGCGGACGCCCGGCUCCCAUGCCCCCUGCCAGGGGCCCUGCGCCAGAGUGUGGUGACCGUGUGCUGCGAGACACCGAUCGACCUACAGGGUGCCCUGCUGCGCGUCCACAGCCUGGCCCAGGACCAGCAGGCCUGGCGGGUGCAGCCCGAGCGGGGGCUGCCACUGCUAGCCCUGCAUGCCGCCCUCCUGCACCGCCAGCACUAUGGGCGCAGGGCCCAGGCUGCCCACUACUUCUGGACUGAGGCUGAGCUCUUUGCCGGGCUGCGGGCACAGGAGCGGCUUUCACAGGUCGUGUCCAACCCAGAGGAGGCCCUGCAAGAGCUGGCAGGCUCCAUUUUCUAUGGGGGCCACAUCCUGGAUGUGGGGGAUGCGGCUGUCGUGCAGACCCUGAGCCAGCAGUGCCUAAGCCAGGACCCCCACUUGCCACCCGCCCGUGGGGUCCAGACGCUCUGCGCUGCCGUUGCCGGCACAACAGCUCUGGGCGGCUCCUCGGAGGAGCAGCUGGCAGAUCCCCAGGCACAGAUGCAGCAGCUGGUGGGUGCGGCUGCCCCGGCACUGUGCGGGCUGCCAGACGGGCUGCAGGAGCAGGAGCUGGAGCGCCGCAGCCAGGCCCUGCUCGCUGACCUGCUGCGGUCACAGGCCCUGUGGCUGCCGCACCCACGCCUGCCCCACUCCGGGCAGCACGAGUCACUGGGGCCGCUGGUGCAGCAGGGCCUGGAGAUGGUGCGGGAGCUGGAGGCGGCGUUGCAGCAGUGCCUGCCCUGUGGCCUCCAGUGCCCACCCCCUCGGCCCCUGUUGCGGUUCCUGCUGGAUGAGGCUGGGAACCUGGCGGCCCUGCUGCGCCAGGUGGGCAUGGACCUGCGCUGCACCCAGCAGCAGCUGCAAGGGAUGCCCUGCGCAGCCCCCCGCUGCACCGCAGUGCUGCGGGCCCUGGGCCGCGACCGCCUGCCCCGCGUCUGGCUGCGCCACACGCCCACCGGGCCCCAGCACCCUGGCGCCUGGCUAGAGACACUGCGAAGCCGCGGGCAGUUGCUGUGCAGCUACCUGGGGGCAGGCACAGGGCCACCAGCCCCACUCUACCACCUGGCCGCCUUCCAGCACCCCCGGCGCCUGCUGCUGGCCCUGCUCCAGGACACCGCACGGGCCGAGAACCAGAGCCUGGAGCAGCUCCAUCUCAGCCCCCAGGUGCUACCAUCCUGCGUUUCACGCCACAGCCACAGGUCCGGGCUCCUGCUGGGUGGUCUGGAGCUGCGCAAUGCGUGGUGGGAUGAGGACAUGGCCCGGCUUCAGGCCACGCACAGCACCCAGCCCUGCCCGCUGCCCCUCGUCUGGGUGCAAGCCUUGCGCAAGGCGAGCCAGCUGCCAGGGGCCGGCACCCUCCUGCCCCAGUACCACUGCCCCAUCUACGUGGGGCUGGCCCAGCAGCCCACAUGUCUGAAGAGCCACCGGGCUGUGCUGCACCUGGCACUGCCCUGCGCCAUGCCACCCGCUCUGUGCAUGCAGCACCGCCUGCAUAUCGUCAGCGUGCUGCCCUGAGACGCCCUGCGCAGGCCGCUACAGAAAUAGAAUAUAUUUGUGUACAAAA